UAUAUUUCCUUAUCACUCUCAUACGUGACGAGAGACAGAGAGGGACGGUUAAACAGAAAGAGGAAGGAAACGAAAAUGCUCUCUUCAACAAUACUGAUACUAACGGGUUUGGUCAUUACUGGAGGCUCAACAAUGACUACAUCCAUGGCACCAACUGUGGCAGAAUUAACCCCAGGAGUAAUUGCAACCACAGCAUCACCAACAACAAAACAUUUCAACACAUUAGAAGCGGGACAAACAACUGAAUCAGUUACCUUGAUGGGAUUUUCGAAUCAAACAACAACGUUUGUGGAGACCUCAAGAGAAUCUAAAAUAACAUCCAGUACAACCUCUAGUGUUCAUUCAACCUCCACCGCAGUUAGGAUCACCAGCAAGCCCAAUGUGGCUGAUUCAUUGACUACAACCCCAUCCAGUAUUGUUACUGAAAGUCAGACAUUAAAGACUGAAAACACAAAAGCAGUGACAACUAGUAACAAAAUUACAACACCUACAGCACUUACAACAAAUCGGAUACCCUCUACUUCUAAAGUGUUUGUGUCAUCAUCUGAGCAACCAUCAACAACCAAAAAAACAUUUAUAAUAAGCCAACCGAAAACCACUGUUGGCCAACAUAAAAAGGAACCAGAUGCUCUAAGCUCAGGAAGUGUAGCUGCCAUUGUAAUUGGCUUCAUCGCCAUCGUAAUCAUUUUACUUGGUGGAGCGUAUAACUUCAAAAUGCGACGAUCUUCUUAUGGACGGCUUUUGGAUGACACUGAUCACAGCUCUUUUGGGAAUUUUUUCAAUCCAAUGUUUGAUGGCUGAAUGAUUAAUUUCUAUCUUAUGGUAAUAGUGGUAAAGCAUUUGUAUGUUACAUCUGUAUGUUAUCACAUUUGUAUGCCACUUAAGUCUGAAUAUACAGUAGACAUCGUGGUGCACAACUACGUUGUCAUAGUGUAGAUACGACUGAUAAUAUUUUCAUUAAGGUGUUUGGGGUAAUUUGAUGUGAAUUUUAAAUGCCCAUUUUUCUUGUUUGUUUUUGCUAUUAUGUGUAUAAAAUGUAGUUAUGGAUUGACCUGUCAGCUUUUCUAUUUAUGUGUAUUAAAUGUAGUUAUGGAUU